AUGUGGUUCCCACUCCUGAAGAAUGGCAACAGCGACAAGGAACGCCUGCAGGUCUGCUCACGACGCUUCGACAGCAGUGAGUUAGAGGUGCUGCACAAGCUCUAUAAGGAACUGGCCAGCCGGUCGCAGACCAACGGGAUCGACAAGGAGACGUUCCUGCAGUACUUCGACCUUCCUGGGCUAUGGGGAGAGCGGUUAUUCCGGCAUUUCGAUACUAACGAUUCGGGAGAUGUGGAACUAGGUGAAUUCCUCUCUGGGGUCGCCGCCUGCUGCAGGGGCACCCAUACGGAGAAGAUAUCGGUGCUGUUCCGUAUGUUCGACCUCAAUGAAGAUGGCUGCGUGCAGAAGUCCGAGCUGUUGGCGAUGCUGUCGAACUUCCCGGUUAUGACGAACCACAUGACCAAGUGCGCGCAGCGGCAGACAUCGAACCACAGCACGGCCAUCCCGUCGAAUGUGCCUUCGGCGCCACGGCCAGUCGAGACCACCAAGCGUUCGACGGGUGUGGACAAGAUGGAUUCGUACGGGAGCAUACUCACCGAAUCCAAGUGCAUUGUACCCGGGUUCGACGAGCCGAUGCUUGUGAAAAGGACCGAAUCGAACCCAAUGGGUUGGAAGGACGUCGCAUCCUCUAUCAGCAGGAUAUCGCUGCAGUCGAGGGUCUCCAUCGACUUCCAGUCUAAUGUGGAUGUAUCGGCUACUGACUCCACCGACUCUCCGAAACAAGACGAUGCUUCGGCGAAUGACCAAUCCGGAGAGACAAACGCAGGUGACAAGGAUGACAACACUAAACCGCCGUCUGAGGCGGAUACCUUGGAAACUACGGGUCACGUCGAUCAGCUGCCCAGUGUUAUGUCGCUUAGCGACAAUAAAGCUGAAAUGGAUGUUUCGCGUGGAAGCAGCACUUCGGAAUCUGGUCACAGUUCACCUUCCAGACGACGACGACGCAGCAGCAACGAUUGCACCGGCCAAGAACAAAGUGACUCGUGCCCUGCCGGCGACGACGGCAAGUCGGUAAGCGACAAUGUCUCAGGCCUCAAAGGCGGGGUGAAGGACGUCUGCCGAGCCUCAGGAGAAACGGGUGAGGUAGAUGCUCCGAUCCAAUCGCAGAGUAUCCGUGUAUCGGACCUACAGGAUACCGACGAAUCCAUUAUCGCAGCGAAUGCCAUCAUCGAGCAGGAACGACUCGCCACCGGCGAUGGCACAUCCUUGGACGUUUUGGUCGAGGAUAUUCUGGAGGACUGCCAGUUCAGCUCGAAUGGCAGCUUCGAUUUCUCAGGGUUCAAGGCGUGGUUAUGCAAGAACACGUCCGUGCUGUCAAUGUUUUCCGAAUAUUUACACGAAGAGGUCUGGGGAUUACGGGGAAAUGCGUUCAUGAUGUCGCGCGAAAAUAACUCGCUGACGAGCGUAGAUGCAAAUAUGAGCCGCCGACCCUCUGUUCAGUAUGACCAGACUGAAGGCCAUCAGAGCAGUCGCACCGAUCCAGAGCGCCCAGACAAGGUGGUACAGCGCAUGGUGUACCAGAUGUUCCUGACCAACGGCAAUCAGUCGAGGGCGUUCGAGGACAGCAUGUCAUGCCUGGAUAAUAUUGUCAGUGAUGACCUUCUCAACUACCUCCAGCAGGCCUCCACUAGCACGCCGACCGCAGCUGGCGUGAAACCGCACCAUGCCGACACUGAAUCAGUUAACCAGAAAGACAGUGCAGAACUCAACGAGCCUCCCGUGGCGGUAUCGUUCAGCAACCAGUUGCUGUCGUGCCCCAACUGCGCGACUGCGCUGUUCAUGUGCCCGGUGUGCUUCAAGAGGCACGAUGUACUCACGCUACAUGUCGGCACUGCCGUCCACGUGGAGUGCAAGAAUUGUGCCAAACAGGGCACGAUAUCGGUGUUCACCCGGUGCUGGAUCUGCAACUGGGAUUUCUCCGAAGCGUUGACAUUGGCGCUCUCGGAACAUCAAAAGGGUACGCCGGACGCCGAUCAGAACAAAGACUUGACUGCCCCGGUGGUCAAGGCUGCGACCGCGCCGUGCUCCGGUAUUCUGCGAGAAAAGGGGAGGUCGCUGAUUCGGCCAACCAUUAGCGUGUCGUGCAGCAGCAGCACCUCCGACUCCAGGAGCGAGGCCAACAGCAUCGAUGAGACGGCUGAAGCGCCUCGUAGCAUAGCCGAGUGGCCGAGACCUGUCGUCAAGGUGCCGCAAAAGGCUGGCUACAUGUACAAACGGGGGAGACAUUUUUACACCUGGGAAAAGCGGUACUAUUUGCUCAUUGACAACGUGCUGUACUACUAUGUUAGUGAGGACAGCACCACGCCCAGAGGCUGCAUUUUUUUGGAGGGGUGCUACCUCGACUCACUGGCAGACACCGAUGCAUCGAACAUGUUCGGCUUCUGCAUUUGCCACAAGGGGCAAAAGAACGCUAGACGCAAGCUGUACGCGCCAACUCAUGAGGAAUUUUUGCAAUGGGUGGACGCGCUAUCGGCUGCCAUGAAGCAGCAGAGCCUCAUGCAGAUGUACACCGUCUGUGAGCAGCUUGGCCACGGCAAGUUCAGUGUGGUCUAUCGCGCCAUCAACAACACCUCCGGUGAGGAAUUCGCCGUGAAGAUCGUGGACAAGACCAGAAUCAGCCAGCAAGAACGUGAGCUGCUACGUAGCGAGAUUGCUAUCCUGCGCUUGCUGAGGCACCAGCACGUCAUCUACCUCAAGGAUGUGAGCGACAUGCGCGACUCGCUAUACAUCGUCAUGGAGCUUGUUCGCGGCGGCGAACUGUAUGACCUGAUAACCCAGCGUCACCGUCUUACGGAAGCGCACACCCACAAGAUCAUCUGCCAGCUGCUGCAGAUCGUUGCCUACCUCCACAAGUGCGGCAUUAUCCACCGCGACAUCAAGCCGGAGAAUAUUCUACUCACCGACAAAAGCGAGGCAGCGACGAUCAAGCUGACGGACUUCGGCCUCUCGACGCUGUGCGGCCCUAACGAGCUGCUGACGCAGCCCUGUGGAACACUGGCAUACGUUGCCCCGGAGGUCCUCACGCUGCAGGGAUACAACCAGAAGGCUGACGUCUGGUCUAUUGGUGUUAUUAUGUAUCUGCUAUUGCGAGGAAGGCUGCCCUUCUCCAUAAAGCAGCCACUAACCCUCGACCUGAGUGGGCACUACCGCGUUCAUUUCGACGGGCACCAGUGGGAUACGGUGUCCACUUGCGCCAAGGACCUGAUUAUGAAGAUGCUUCAGCCGAACCCGGCAGCGCGCAUAAGCGUGUUCGAGGCGCUGGAGCACAUCUGGGUGAGCAACUUCGUCGCGGUGAACCACGACGAGGUGUACACCGGCGUGGGGGAUAUCGAGACGACCAAGGAGCUCAUCAGGUCUUUGCGCUACGCCACAGACACCACUUUGGUGAUUCCGUACAGCGACAGCUGCGCCCACAACCUCCAUGCGCUGGAGGCGGAGGAAGCCGAGGCUGGGCUGACCACCGUCCAUGAGUGA